UCUCUUGGGAACCUAUGGUUCUUGGUAUAUAAGCUCAUAAACGGUGAAAAAGCUACCGCAGUCGCUCGUUCAAACCUCGCUGUUAAACUUCCCUUCUUAGAGUUACAGCGCAGAUAUGAACCAGUCAACGUCCCUGUUUUUAACACUGAUGACCAUUUGGUUCCUGUCUGGAAAAUCUGAAUCAAAGUCCAACUCUCAACAUCUUUCAGGCCACCAACAUUUUUUCCACAACCUUCCGUUACUUCGUAGUUUCGCACUCGAGGAUCAGCUUUUUGAAGAAGAUGAAGACAUACCUCAUCCCAAUAAGAGGCAAAAUUUUGACGAUUACGGUCACAUGAGAUUCGGGAAACGGGAUCAAUUUGAAGACUAUGAUGGACACCUUCGAUUUGGAAGAAAUCGACACUAAAGAUGUAUUUUUUCAGUCUCAAAUGUUUUUAAAGAGGAGAAAAUUGAAAUAAUAAAUCGUAGAAUUUACACGGAAGAUGAAAUCAAAAAUGUCAAGACUCUUGAUAAACAUAUAAGUUUGAAACCAUCUGCAUUUUUCUGAUUUGUCAGCGUCCUAUAGAAACAAAAAAAAAUGAAAAAACCCUUGUAG